AUGACAAAUCUUGCAAAGCUUGAAUUUAUGGCUUUAGAUAUUACUGGGAAAAACUAUUUGUCAUGGGUAUUGGAUGCUGAAAUACAUUUGAAUGCCAAUAAUCUGGGUGAAACUAUUAAAGAAGGAAAUAAAGCAAGUACCCAAGAUAAGGCAAAAGCCAUGAUCUUCUUACGCCAUCAUAUUCAUGAGGCUUUGAAAAGUGAGUAUCUCACUAUCAAGGAUCCACUUGUCCUUUGGACCAAUCUGAAAGAAAGGUAUGACCACCAGAAAACGGUAAUAUUACCGAGAGCUCGUUACGAGUGGAUCAAUUUAAGGCUGCAAGACUUUAAGUCUAUAAGCGAGUACAACUCGGCAAUGUUUAGAAUCACAUCACAAUUGAUUCUAUGUGGUGAAAAUAUUACUGAUAAGGAAAUGUUGGAAAAAACAUUUUUAACCUUUCACCCCUCGAAUGUGAUACUGCAACAACAAUAUCGUGAAAGGGGUUUCACUAUAUAUAGUGAGUUAAUAUCAUGUUUGCUUGUGGCCGAGCAAAACAAUGAGCUCUUAAUGAAAAAUCAUGAGACUCGUCCGGUUGGAGCAACCCCAAUCCCUGAAGCUAAUGUGGCAACAUAUAAUGGCCAAAGUGAAAGUUAUGGACGUGGUCGAGAAAAAAAUAAAAAGAAGGUGGGAUCUUCAUCGAAUGCAUGUUAUCGAUGUGGAAGUAACAAUCAUUGGUCGAAGACUUGUCGUACGGCCAAACACUUGGUGGAACUUUAUCAACAAUCCAUCAAAGACAAAGCAAAAGAAAUAGAGACAAAUUUUACAUAUGGGGUUGCAAAUGUUGAUAAAGACCAUAAUGAUGCAACUAAUUUGGAUUAUGAUGAUUUCCUUAUUGAGCCAACUAACUUGGAUUCUGGUGAUAUUGUGGCUGAUACAACCCAGUUGGAUGCUUGCAAUUUUCCUUACAUAUGA